CUUCACUGCUACAAGUCAACUCUUUAAGCAACUCAUCUACAUGUUCUUGUUACUUUCUUCCACAUUGAGGAUUAGUAUUGGGCCAAUUUUUUUGUGGCUAUGAAUCUGUGGUGAUAAAUGGUAUACUGGAUUAUGAUGUCUGUAGUGAGUGCUUUUCAUACUUGAGAACAUCUUCUCCUGGAUGCAUUGCAUCAACUUGGUGAAGGAUCAGUGUACUAAUGGUGCAUCAAGUUUUGCAGUUUCAGAGUGGAUCCCCAGAAAAAGUACAAGCAGGCAGACAAAAGUUAAUUUAAAAGCCAUGGAAAAAGAAGACACUUACACGAAGGAUGGGACGGUAGACUACCACAGAAAUCCAGCCAACAAGACAGAAACCGGAACUUGGAAGGCCUGCCCCUACAUACUAGGAACUGAGUGUUGUGAAAGAUUGGCAUACUAUGGAAUGAGCACCAACCUUGUACUUUAUUUCAAGCAUCGUUUGGGUCAGCAUAACACAACUGCUGCUAAUAAUGUCUCAAAUUGGGGUGGAACAUGCUACAUCACUCCGCUAAUUGGAGCAUUUCUUGCUGAUGCUUAUCUAGGAAGAUAUUGGACGAUUGCCUGUUUCUCAAGCAUUUAUGUAACUGGAAUGACUCUGUUGACACUUUCGGCAUCUGUUUCUGGCCUCAAGCCUACUUGUUAUGCAAAAGACAAGUGUCAUGCAACAGAUGCACAGAGCGCAGUGUGCUUCACAGCACUUUACCUGAUAGCUCUUGGCACUGGAGGGAUAAAGCCCUGUGUCUCAUCAUACGGGGCUGAUCAAUUUGAUGAUGCUGAUGAGUCUGAGAAGAAGAGCAAGAGUUCUUUUUUCAAUUGGUUCUACUUCUCUAUCAACGUUGGUGCUCUUAUUGCAGGUUCUUUCCUGGUAUGGAUACAAGAUAAUGUAAGCUGGGGGUUGGGUUUUGGUAUCCCAGCAGUGGCCAUGGCAAUAGCAUUGCUGAGCUUCUUUUCAGGAACCCGGCUUUACAGGAACCAAGAACCUGGAGGCAGCCCUCUCACACGCAUCUGCCAGGUUGUGGUGGCAUCAUUUAGGAACUACCAAGUUAAAGUUCCUGAAGACAAGUCUCUCUUGUACGAGACUGCAGAUGCUGAUUCCAAUAUCAAAGGCAGUCGCAAGCUUGAUCACACAAAUGAUCUCAGGUUCUUCGAUAAGGCAGCAGUGGAAACACGAUCUGAUGAUACCGAGGGCACAAACGACCCAUGGAAACUCUGCACUGUGACUCAAGUUGAGGAGCUAAAAGCUAUCAUACGUUUGCUCCCAAUAUGGGCCACUGGUAUCAUCAUCUCAACAGUGUAUAAUCAAAUGGGAACUUUAUUUGUAUUGCAGGGUGCAGCUAUGGAUACUCGUGUUGGCUCCUCUAACUUUAAGAUCCCACCAGCUUCACUCUCCAUCUUUGACACCCUCAGUGUCAUCUUUUGGGUCCCAGUAUAUGAUAGAAUCAUUGUCCCAGUUACCAGAAAAGUCACUGGCCACAAAAAUGGCCUAACGCAGCUGCAGCGGAUGGGCAUUGGCCUCUUCAUAUCCAUACUUGCCAUGGUAGCAGCAGCAACAUUAGAAAUAGUGAGACUUAAAAUUGUGAGGAGGCACAAUUAUUAUGGGCUUGAGGAAGUUCCCAUUUCAAUAUUUUGGCAAGUUCCCCAGUAUUUCAUUAUAGGAUGUGCAGAAGUUUUCACAUUCAUUGGCCAACUAGAGUUCUUCUAUGAACAGGCGCCGGAUGCCAUGAGAAGCCUGAGCUCAGCUCUCUCUUUGACAACUAAUGCACUGGGGAACUACUUGAGCUCUUUGCUUGUAACAAUUGUGACCCAUAUAAGUACCAGAAAUGGAAAGCUUGGAUGGAUACCAGAUAAUCUGAACUAUGGCCACCUCGAUUACUUCUUCUGGCUAUUGGCAGUACUAAGCGUGCUAAAUUUAGGUGCAUUUCUCUUGGUUGCAAAGUGGUAUACAUAUAAAAGGCCAGUGGGAACCCUGCGUUGAUCAAGUAUCCAAUCUCCAACUCUAGUAAUUCUUAAAGAUUAUAAUAGUAAGUAUGAAUAAGAAGUAUGUUCAGCUGUUCAGUUUGUUCAAAGACUGCUGCUAAGAGAAAUAUCAAAUGUGUCUGUUUAAUA